AUGGCGAGCUACGACACGUGUGAUCAAGUUUCCACGCAGUGCCCAGUCAAGGCAACGACAUAUGGGUACUACCCUAACUUCGGCGGCAAUGUUUUCUUCGCUGUAUGGUUCGGUCUUUUGGGCGUCCUCCAACUAGGAAUCGGCAUCUACUAUCGAGCAUGGACGAUAACGCUUGCGCUGGCCAUCGGGCCGCUCAUGGAAUUGGCAGGAUAUAUAGGAAGGAUAUUGAUGAACGAUAACCCGUGGAACGGAGACGCAUUCAAGCUGCAGAUCGUCUGCCUCGUGCUCGCGCCAACAUUCAUCGCUGCUGGCAUCUACCUUACCCUGAAGCACAUCAUCAUCGCGCUCGGCCCCGAACACUCGCGCCUCAAGCCGAAGCUCUUCACCUGGAUCUUUAUCUGUUGCGACAUCGGCUCGCUCCUCCUGCAGGCAGCUGGUGGUGGUGUCGCAGCUGGCGCAGGAAACGAUAUGGAAGUCCUCAAGAUCGGAGACGACAUUAUUAUUGCCGGUAUUGCGUUCCAGGUUGCUACCAUGUCCGUCUGCGGCGUUCUUGCAGCCGAGUUCUUCUGGCGCGUGAGGAAGAACGGUGGACCCGGAUCUUUCAGUGAGAAGUCCGUCGGCCGCAGAAGCAUCCAUCUUAUCCUUUUCGGAGAGAUCUUCGCCUACUUCACCGUGCUCAUCCGGUGUAUCUACCGUAUUCCUGAAAUGGCCGGCGGCUGGGGCAACCCGCUCAUGCAAAAGGAAAACGAGUUCCUGGUCCUCGACGGAAUGAUGAUCGGUCUUGCCGUGCUAUCGCUCACUGUGUUCCACCCUAGCUUCUUCCUUCCCUCGCUGCGGAAGGGAGUCAAAGCUCAGCCUUGA